GCACCUCUUGCCGAAUCAGACGACACGCAUGGCUUAUCACUGGUGACUACUUGCGUCCUGUCACUGCUGGUAUACCUAACAAAGUGUUUCGCUCAAGUUACCGCCCUUUAAAAUUCCUUGAUUGGCCAUUCACGCAAGUGUAUGGCCAGUUGAUCAAUGGAUAUUUAUCAUAAGUCUCUUACUGACUUUUGAAAGCUAAUUAGUUGAUUGGUCACAGUUUGUAGGUGAUCUAAGAACUUUAAAAAAAAACUAAUUCAAAUUGUGUAAUCAAACACCAAGCGGAAAUUUAUUUAAACACUUCAAUCUGAAUGUCGUCUGCUCUAACCCUAACAAUAUGCUAAUGAAAUAAAACAUUUUUUUUUUACAAUUAUACUUCUUUUCAUUGACAAUUUUAUUUAUUGUAAAGUUCAUUUAGAUUUAAAAAAAAAAAAAAGAAAAGCUUAUUCGAUCAAUUGUCGGCGUCACUUAAAAAUAACGUCUAUUUAUAUCGAGCUCUAAUAAAAUGUCUUGAUUUCCCUGAUCUCUCACACUCUCGCUCUGGUUGGCUUGAGAAGUGUUGUAAACUAGAAUCUCAAGAGUACUACGUGAAACAAUCACACAUCGGAGCAGCAAACGAGCGUUUUUUUUCCUUUUAUAAAUAUCUGUGUUUAAAGUUUGCCGUUUCUGGAGCGUUUGAGGUUUUAGAGACAAUUGUUUGCUUACAACAAAUACAGUUGAUAUUGACACAAUCAAUUAAAUGUGUUAGUUAUUCUGAAAAUUUAGAAAAAUUCAUAAAAAGAAUUAAGAAUAUAUUUUGUGAUUCAUUAUAUAGUCGGAUUUAAAAAACAAAAUAAUUAAUUGAAAAUCAAAGUUUUCAAUGCAGAGCUUGUGAGAUUUUUUUCUGGCUAAACAAGACAAUAGCAACAUGGAAAUAAAAGUGGACAACACAACUGAGUUAGCUAGAGACCGAGGGAACGGGGAAAGUUACGAGGCGAAUUUCGAAUUCUUCCCAUUUCACGAGGGAGAAACGUAUUCGUUGUACAAAGGAGUUCUCAACGGGGAAUACUUCGCCAGUGACAGGCACGGCGAGCGGUGCGUUGUUCGGACGUUGAAAAAGAAAUCUUCCAAUAGUUACGCUGACUGGGAUACAUUUGUGCAGGUCGCAUCGAAUGCGGAUGAGCUAGCCUCACAAUUUCAUAGAGAAACAGCCAGCAUGACAUUGUCUUUCCCUCGGCCACUUCUGACUAACGUGAAUCAAAAAUCAUCUUUCGUUGGAGUGUUCCGUAAAUUUAACCCCCACGAAAAGCGACUGAAGAUAAACGAGACGGUGGUUAUUGAGCCAUUAGUAGGGAGACCCUUCUUUCAGUUCCACAAACAAAAUGUUGCAAACAAUCAGCAAAGUAAACCUCAUGCAGAGCAAUGCGCAGUCAAAGGAAAUAAACAGAAGCGUACCACAAAGAACAGUAACUGUGUUUCUAGAGAACAAAACAGUGAAGAGCAGAGUUAUCCCGUAGAGGUUCUGCCAACUCUGGCUGCCUUCUCUCAUUACACUUGGCACGCAACGAAAAAAUUUAUCGUGACCAACUUUCAGGGAUCAUUCAACCAUGAGACAUCUUCAUUAACUUUGAUCAAUCCCACAAUUCAUUCCAUCGAUCAACGCUAUGGCGAAACUGACAGAGGCUUGGCCGGAAUAGAAGAUUUUUUUAACAAUCAUGAAUGCUAUAAGGGUCUCUGCUCUACUUGGUGCAAGUAUGAAACCCAAGAUCCUAACGGCAAUUCUUCAGAACCAGUUACAUCUCUAAAUCAGCCGGAUUAAAACACUGUCCUCGUCCACUUAAUUAAAGUCGUUGUCAGGAUUCAUUGCCCACAUUGAUUAGACCUCGUUGCCUUCGUUGCUAUGCUUCGUCUUAAAAUGGCGAAUACUUAGAGAGGCGUUAAAAAAAGUGAAAUCUUAAGACUGCGCCGUCAACAAAAAACAACAACACAACAAUAACAAAUUGUGUACGUUUGAAGUCUUACACGGGUAAAACAAAACACCUCCACACAGUUGAUUUAUUAUUUAACUUCAAUGACUUAUAAUAUUAUUGAUAAAAGUAAAAAUGUAUAAGAUCUAUUUUUGAAUUUUUUUUUUUUACAAUUGUUACGUAGACGUAGUGAUUCUUGUUUUAAUGUUAACACUGACUUUGUGACCUAGACUUUUAAGCAGUUUUAUAUGUACACCAUUAACACCAAGACAAAGAAAAUGUUUUGUUUUUAAUUCUAGCUAUGAAAUAACAUUGAGGAAUAUGUGACGAUACAGUUUAUUUUUUAAUUUUAUAUUAACAUUAAGACCAUAGCACGAAAAUUAAGCUUAUAUUUUCAUUCUAGUUUUAUAUUGACGCUUUAAAUAGAUCUAGAUGAAUGAAAGCAGAAUGUAUAGAUCUAGAUAUAAAUGCAUUUUGUUUGUUUGGUGUGUGGGCCUGAUGGUGGGGAGACUACAACACAAAAGAACUCAGACAAAGAUUAAAUUCUGUCAAAACUUUUGGUUCAUUCAAUCUUAUGUAUCAAUAUACUGUUUGGUGUUACCAGUCACAAGCUUGAGAAUAAAAAAAUACAAUAGCAAUAGAAAUGGAUUUAUUCAAAAACAUAGGUUGUACAAAAAGAGAUGCAAGAUGAGUAAAGUUGAAUUAAACAAAGUUUAUUAUCAACAGCUAGAAACAGAUGGUGUGUAGUUUUUUAAUGAUUAUAGAAUAAAAGCAGACAAAAAAAAAAUAUUUUAAUAUGCGAACUCUGGCAGACAACUGCAUAGUUAAAUACCCCACUUUUCCUUAAUUUUCAGACUUGAAGACAAUGCCUUAUUGUUAUUUAUUGUAGUACCGGUAUAAAAAUCAAGCAAUUUAAAAAGCUUCAUAAUCUAACAGUGCCCUGUAAAUACGCAACUUUUUUCUUCUAUCUAUAAAAGCUAAAUUCGGAUACCAACUAAUGCAUUUGGAAGAUAACUAAAUAUUUUUUUUAAUUGGAGAACACAGUUGUAAUAUGUUAUAAAUGCUGCCAUGGGUUCAUAUGUGUUUGAAGUCUUGUAGAACAUUUAGUUGUGAAUAUUUUCAAAUUGUUAUAAUUCUUGCUGAAACCAUAUUAUAAUGAAACCAUGUUUUGGUAGUUUUAUUUCAUACGAAAAAAUUAAAACAGCCAUAGCAUUUAUUUUAUGUGAACAUACUUUUACAGUUUAUCUUUAUCAUCAACAUUAACAAAUAGCUUGCUAGAUGGAUGAGUUUUCAUUAGCAUGAGAUUUAUACUUAUACUGUGAUGUGGAGUGUAGAUUUUAAUUUUAAAAAACUUUGAUGCUGAGUACUUUAUUGCUUGAAUUAAAUCAAGAAAAACAAAUAAAAAAACAAAAUAACAAAACCUUGUUUUAAGUUGAUGUAUAACUUUACUGUAAAGACUUGUAUAGAAAUACUCAAAAAUUUACAGUGGAAUUUAAAUUUAUAAAAUAUGUCAUUCUAAAAGGAAUUUAUUGCAUCAAGGCUUGAAAGUCAAUUGUUAUGUAAAUAUAAAUUACAAUAAUGACAUGGAUAAAUAUUUUUAAAAAUGUAAAUUGUUUCCCGUUCAUUUAACUCACAAAUGAGUUUGUAUAUAAAUCAACACUUUGUAAAAAUAAAUGCCCAUUUUCAAUAUCCCUAAAGCAACAUUCUAAAACAACAGGAUCAAUAUAAUGACAACAGUUUGAUAUGAACAUUUUUUUUCAGUCAUGCACAGUUACCUUCAAGCACUUCUUUAAUAAAACCUUUUGAUUUCUAAAAGCUAUUUCAACAAAAAAAAAAAAAAAACAUUUUAUUUUAGAAA